CAUCAAAUUGAUGGUGAAACUUGCCACACAUAAAACGGGCUGCUCAGUCAAUAUGUUUGCUUUAAAUAUAUACGAAAUAUUUUAGAUUAAAUUUGAUUUCCUGCCAUUCCCUUCACGCACCAACAGACCAACAGUCGAAAACAAAUUCCCUAAAAUAAAAAUUAAAAACAGUCCAAAACAAACGGUCAAUUGGCUCCUCCAUAUGAACCAAAAUACACUCAACAAAGCACUUCUGAAGAACUCCAUAAACCCUGCAUUAGCAUGGCAGAUCUUCAAGCGUAUCAUCUCCAAUCCUUCUUCCUCUUCUUUCGCUCUCCUAAAUUCUUUGCCUAUAAUUGCCCAAAUCCUAGUUCGCGCCAAAAUGUACCCCCAACUUGACACCCUACACCACCAUCUUCUUCUCCUCCACAAACAAUCAGCUUCUCCUUCACUAUUUUCGCUUGUUUGUAUUCUGGCUAAAUCUGGCCUCGUUGACGAGGCGGUUUCGCAGUUUCAAUCUGCCCGGAAAGAAUUCCCUCAUAACCCUCCACCGGUUUAUGUUUACAAUGUGCUUCUCGAGUCGUCGGUGCGAGAGAAUAAAGUUAAUUGGGUUCCCUUGUUGUACAAAGACAUGUUCAUUUCUGGGGUUUCUCCUGAAGUCUAUACCUUUAAUCUUUUGAUCAGGGGUUUAUGUGAUUCGGGUCAUUUGAAAGACGCACGUAAGGUGCUCGACAAAAUGCCUGAGAGAGGUUGUAAGCCGAAUGAGUUUAGUUUUGGGAUUUUGAUUCGUGGGUAUUGUAGAAAUAGGCUUUCGGUGGAAGGGUUGGUGAUUUUGGGUGAAAUGAGGCGAUCGGGUUUGGUUCCUAACAAGGUUGUGUAUAAUACAUUGAUUUCCAGCUUUUGUAAGGAAGGUAAUGAUGUUGAGGCUGAGAAGUUGUUGGAAAUGAUGAGAAAGGAUGGUCUGGUGCCAGAUGUUAUCACUUUUAAUUCUAGGAUUGCAGCUCUGUGUAAGGCAGGGAAGAUGUUAGAAGCUUCUAGAAUAUUCAGGGACAUGCAGAUAGAUGAUGCACUUGGUUUACCUAGACCCAAUAUUGUGACAUUCAACCAAAUGCUCGAGGGAUUUUGCAGGACAGGGAUGCUCGAGGAAGCUGAGAUUUUAGUCGAUACCAUGAAGAAAAGUGAUCGUUUGAUGACAUUGGAAAGUUAUAAUAUAUGGUUGAUGGGUUUGGUGAGGAAAGGGAAGCUUUUAGAAGCCCAAUUAGUUCUCAAAGAGAUGUUAGAAAAAGGAAAAGAGCCAAAUAUUUACUCAUACAACACUGUAAUAGAUGGGUUAUGCAAGAAUAAUAUGCUAUCUGAUGCAAAAAGGAUGAUUAAGUUAAUGCAAGAUAGCGGCAUACAACCUGACACAGUAACUUAUAGCUCUUUGCUCCACGGAUACUGUAGUAAAGGGAUUGUUGCUGAAGCAAAUGCUACUUUGAAUGAGAUGAUGGCAGCUGGAUGUCUCCCAAACAUAUAUACCUGCAACAUUUUGCUCCACAGUUUGUGGCGUGAAGGGAAAAUACCAGAAGCAGAGAGCUUGCUGCAAAAGAUGAAUGAGAAAGGCUAUGACUUGGAUACUGUAACAUGUAAUAUAGUGAUACGAGGUCUCUGCAGAAGUGGAAAACUGGAUAAAGCUAUUGAAAUUGUUGACGGAAUGUGGAACCAUGGGAAGGCCGCUCUUGGAAACGAGUAUAUUGGUUUAGUGGAUGUUGGUAGUGAUGAGAAGAAAUGCUGCCCUGAUGUGAUAACAUAUUCAAUCAUAAUUAAAGAUCUCUGUGAAGCUGGAAGGCUUGAAGAUGCUAAAAAUAAGUUGAUUGAGAUGGUAGGUAAAAAUCUAUACCCAGAUUCUGUUAUAUACAAUACUUUUAUACGUAGUUACUGUAAAAUUGGGAAGAUACCAUCUGCAUUUCGGGUUCUUAAAGACAUGGAGAAAAGGGGGCUUGACAAGACUCUGCAAACUUAUAAUUCUUUGAUUAUGGGGUUAGGGUUAAAGAAUGAAAUCUUUGAAAUGUAUGGACUUGUGAAUGAAAUGAGAGAACAAGGGAUUUCCCCAAACGUAUACACCUAUAAUUCUAUAAUUGGUUGUCUUUGUGACGCUGGUCAAACCAACGAUGCCAUGUCUCUUUUAAAUGAUAUGUUACAGAAAGGUGUAGCUCCUAACGUACAUUCUUUCAGAGUGCUAAUUAAGGCUUACUGCAGAGAAGGUGAAUUCAGAGCUGCUCAAGAGGUCUUUGAAAUUGCUCUUACUGCAUGUGGGCAUAAGGAAGCACUCUACAGUACUAUGUUCAAUGAGUUACUUCUUGGAGGAGAGAUUAUUGAAGCUUGUGAAUUAUUUGAGAUUGCGUUAGACCUGUGCCUUUAUAUAGGAAACUUCAACUACAAUGAUCUGUUUGACCAACUCUGCAAGAACGAAAAGUUGGAUGAUGCUACUAAUGCUCUCUUCAAACUGAUAAAUAAAGAAUACAACUUUGAUCCUGCAUCAUUCAUGCCAGUGAUUGAUGCCUUAUGUAAACUGGGGAAGAAACAUGAAGCAGAUGAACUUGCAGAGAGGAUGACGAUCAUGUCAGAACAGGGAGAGAUUACAAAUACAGUUUGUCAUAACAAUUAUGCAAAGCUCAAGAAGAAAGGUGAAGGAAAAUGGAGGAACAUAGUGCACAGAGAGGAUGGCAGUGGAAUUGCAUUAGAAGCCCUUAAACGAGUACAAAAAGGAUGGGGUCAGGGAAGUGCAGUGAAUUUGCCAUCCUUAAAAGCAGAAGCAAAUGAUUAUUGGCAGGAUGCUGGUUGAUUAUUUUGUAUUUUUGUUGAUGUAUGUAAUCUACUUGAUGGGAUAAAUGAAUUUCUUCCGAUCAUUUACUCUACUUUUUGAAAUAUAUAUUCAGAUUUCAAUCUAGCUAA